GCGCGAUCUGUCGUCAUCAGCAGAUACAGGAAGUAAUGAUCGGCUGUCUGGUAAACGGAGAACGGUGGAAAAAGAAGCCGAGGAAGGAUUCAGGAAGCGAUACAAUAAUGACAUCUGACUUACAAACCUUCAGCAAACUGUGAGCUGAAGAUCUGACAUUUGCGGUCACUCCAGUCCUCCGUCCUCCAUGCCUGCUCCCCCAGGCUUCACUCGACUGGAGCAGAAUGAGCCUAUGAACACUCUACGUAUCUCUGUCGGAGGCCUCCCCAUGUUGGCUUCCAUGGCCAACACCACUGACCCUCGUUUCCGCCUGAAGCGGAAGCCCAUUGUGGUGGUGGCCGUCUCACUGGCCUUUCUUCUGCUGCUCUUCAUGCACUGGGGCUCAGGCUUCCGAUCCCGCUCCUAUGGCUCACAGAGCUGGAAAGCCAGCCGAGGUGACACCCAGCAGUCUGAUUCCCAUUACAAUGACACUUACCCCCUCAGUCCACCGGAGCGCACGCAGCAGGGCACCCGCUACCGCAUUGGGGUCAUUGCCGACCUGGACACAAGCUCUCGUAGUGACAAGAAGCUGACAUGGUUCAGCUACAUGCGGCGUGGGUACCUGUUGGUGUCCCAGAGUGGUGACAAGGUAGCGGUUGAAUGGGAUGUGGACAGGGUGGUGCUGGAAAGCCAUCUAGCGGAGAAGGGCAGGGGUAUGGAGCUGUCUGAGCUUUUGGUGUUCAACGGGAAGCUUUACAGCGUCGAUGACAGGACGGGCAUCAUCUACCACAUUGACGGUGACAAGGCUGUGCCCUGGGUCAUCUUACCUGACGGUGAUGGCAGUGUUGCCAAAGGGUUCAAAGCAGAGUGGCUUGCAGUGAAGGAUGAGCACCUGUAUGUUGGUGGACUGGGGAAGGAGUGGACCACCACUGAAGGCGAGUUUGUCAACAACAACCCAGAGUGGGUGAAAGUAGUAGGCUUCAGAGGGGAUGUGCACCAUGAGAACUGGGUUCCAAAGUACAAAUCACUGAAGUCUGCUGCAGGAAUAGAGCCUCCAGGUUAUCUCAUUCAUGAGUCAGCAGCGUGGAGCGACACACUGCAGCGCUGGUUUUUCCUCCCUCGCCGCGCCAGCAAGGAGCGUUAUGAGGAGACGGCAGACGAGCGGCGUGGCACGAACCUCGUUCUCAGCUGCUCACCAGAUUUCAAAGACAUCACCGUGAGUCAAGUGGGUUCGCUCAACCCCACUCACGGUUUCUCCUCCUUCAAGUUUGUCCCCAACACGGACGACCAGAUCAUUCUGGCACUCAAGUCAGAAGAAGAUGCGGGAAAGAUUGCCACAUACAUCAUGGCGUUUACACUUGAUGGACGCAUCCUUCUACCUGAAACCAAGAUUGGUGAUGUGAAAUAUGAGGGCUUGGAGUUCAUUUAGAGGGCUUGUUCUUGAGGCCACUGCACUGUGGUUCUAUUUUGUUUACAAUCCACUCACUGUUGAAGUUACUCUACUUGCUGCUUCCUUAUUGAGUUUAUGAAAGACAUAACUCCAGCCCUCAAAGGAUCAUCUUCACUACAAAGAGAAGAACUAUGGUCUGAGACUGUAAAAUAUGGUCCUGUUUUGGGUGUUGAGAAAGUGCCAGUCAAACAAUGCCAGCAUGUCUUGAGAUGGAUCUUCUUCUUCUCAGACCAAGUGUGGCCCUCAACAGUACUGUAGCCUUUCUUAUAAUGAAUGUACAAAAGAUAGAUUUAUAAGACUGUGAUUUCCAUGCACAUACUAUACACUCUCAACAGGUCAAAGGUUUGUUUUUAUCCUCUGCUCCAUAGUAAAGCAACAUCACUCUGUACAAGCCAAACCUGCAAUUUUCAGUAGGAUAACUAAAAGUUUGUUUUUAUUCUUCAUAAAACAUUAUUUGAAGGACAUUUUGGUGAAAAUUGAAUUUUACUGUAUGUAAUUUUUUUAGGGGGCCGUCUGAGUAAAAUUUUGAUCACUAUUUGCUGAGUCUUGUCAUGUAGCUCAUAUGUGCAUGUCUCUACAAAACCAGUUAAACAUAAUAUUGACAUUGUCCUCAAACAAGUUUCGAGCGGACCAAAAACAGUUGCGCAACGACCAGGUUUUCUGCUUUAUUGUGAAAAGAAACUCAGGGAAAGCAGCAGGAAUACAGAAGUGAACCCCACUGUGUUUAGCAUAAAAGCAGUGAGAUUCGUGUUGCAGACUUCAAAAGGGAGAGGCACAUUUGAGGACAACAGGACUUAAUAGCCAGAGGGAGGAAGGUAAUGUGGCUUCAUUACAGUAUAUGUAAAUUUUGCUUUUUAACUUUGACCUUCAAUUUUUAAUGCACAGAUUCAGCAAAGUCAGUUUCAAGUUUAGAGGAUUGCAUCAGUUAAAAAAAACUGCAAUCCAUCUUGAUGAAAACAAUAAUGUAAAGGCAAAAGCUAUGGUGGUUUUGUAUUCACUCUUAAAAUCAAUAAAUGGACUGAUUUUUAUUCAAAAAGCAAAAGUA